AUGGGGGAAGGUGUUGAUAUGUUUGAUGGGUACACUGGUGAUUCAUUCAAGUUGCAUGUCAUGCUAUUUUGUACAAUCAAUGAGUUUCCAGCUUAUGGUAAUUUAAGUGGCUAUAGCACUAAGGGUCACAAAGCAUGCCCUAUAUGUGAAGAAGGCACAUGUUAUCGUCAACUACAACAUGGAAGGAAAAUAGUAUACCUUGGACAUCAGAGGUUUCUUAGUACAAACAAUCCAUAUCGUAAAUUAAAGAAAGCAUUUAAUGGGUGUCAAGAAAAUGAAUUAGCUCCAAUGGCUUUAAGUGGAUCACAAGUGUAUGAACGUGUGAAAGACAUUGGGGUUAUUCUUGGAAAGACGCAAAAAAAGGCACUUCAAGCAACAUAUGGAAGAAAAGAGAAACAUGUUUGUGACAGUAUUAUCGAAACACUCCUCAAUAUUCAAGGGAAAACGAAAAAUGGACUCAAUGCUCGCUUGGACUUGGUUGAAAUGGGUAUAAGGGAACAAUUAGCUCCAAUAUCACAUGGUAAGCGGACAUACUUGCCUCCAGCAUGCCACACAUUGUGUAAACAAGAGAAAAUGACUUUUGUGAGUUUUUACAAGGGCAUAUUGCCUAAGAAUCUUAGAUACACAUUAACAAGAUUGUGCUUUCUUUUCAAUGCAAUAUGUAGUAAAGUUAUUGAAAUUGAGAAGUUGGAUCAAUUAGAAAAUGAGGUUGUGGUCAUAUUGUGUCAGUUAGAGAUGUAUUUUCCUCCAUCAAUCUUUGAUAUUAUGGUGCACUUGAUUAUUCAUCUACAUCACGUUGAAAGAUUUAUUGUUGAGGAAGCUAUUGAGUUUUGUGCAGACUAUUUAUCAUAUGUUAAAGCUAUAGGGGUACCUAGGUCUCGUGAUCAUGGAAGAGGUGUCGGUAAGGGUACUAGAAGUGCAAAAGUUGUCACCCUGAAUAGAGCUGAAAUUCUACGAGCACAUAUGUAUAUAUUGAAUAACACUGAAGAAGUAAUCCCCUACUUAAGUGCUCAUAAAGAUAUAGUUAAGAGAAAUAAUCCACGAAUGCCUCAAAAGUGGGUCAUUAAUGAGCACAACAAAACCUUUUUAAAGUGGUUCAAACAACAAGUUCAAGUUGACCGUACAACUUCUGAUACAUUAAAUUGGCUAUCAAGUGAGCCAAACUUUGAUGUCAUAUGUUGGAGUGGGUAUGAUAUAAAUAACUACACAUUUCAUACACAAAAAGAAGAUGAAAAAAGCACCACUCAAAAUAGUGGAGUAAUGGUUGUGGCCGAGUCAAUGCAUUUCUCGAGUUCAAAGGACAAAAAUCCUGUGAUGGCAUCCAUGUGCUACUUUGGUGUAAUUGAAGAUAUUUGGGUGAUAAAUUACACAAGUUUCAAAGUACCUGUUUUUAAAUGUAAGUGGGUUGAUGGUAAUACUGGCAUGAGGACCGAUGAUCUAGGUUUUACAUUGGUUGACCUAGAAAAGGAAGGUUAUAUUGAAGAGCCAUUUAUCAUGGCAUCUCAGGCAAAACAAGUGUUUUAUGUCACUGGUUCUGAACACAAUAGAUGGUCAGUGGUGCUCCAAGAUAGAACAAUUCAUUAUACUGAUGACAAUGAUGAAGCCGUUCUUGAUAUUAGUGAAACUCCAUCUUUCUCAUCAAAUAUGCCAACCUUGAUGUCGAUAAUGAAGUAG